GGGAGGGAGAGAGAGAGAGAGAGAGAGAGAGAGAGAGGAAGGGAAGCAGUCAACACAAGUUUGUUUUACAGGACUCAGCUAGGGCCGGGAUAAGGGGCAGUGGUGGAUCUGGACGUCGCAAGCUGUGGAAAAGCGAAGCCAGAGGGUGCAGCCGAUCAUAAGGGGCUGCCCAGGGACUUCCCUACAGCCAGUGGACACUGAUUGAGACUUAAACGAAGGAUCAGUGGGCAAAUACAAAUAUGGCAGCAAAAUCUCUGCCCUUCUGCUUUCUCUGCAUCUUCUUAUUGAUUGCAAGAAUAACUUCUGGGGAGCAACAGCAGUCAGUUCUCAAAGUGUGUGGCAGGGGAUUUUUCCUCAGUGAGCAAAGCAAAUGCCUGCCAUGUAACUGCAAGGGGCAUGCUGACUACUGUGAAGACAUCACUGGCAUCUGUAUAAACUGCAAAUACCACAGCAUGGGUGAUUUCUGUGAAAUGUGUGAAGAUGGCUACAUUCUGACUCCUGGCCUGGGUGGACGCCACACCUGCCAACCAUGUGCCUGCCCCCUCCCCAUCCCAUCCAAUAACUUUGCAGUGCACUGUGACAAAGGAGGUGCCACUCCACGGUGCAAGUGCCAAGAGGGUUACUCUGGAAAUUACUGUGAGAGGUGUGCUCCCGGUUACUAUGGCAGCCCAAUGACGACUGGUAGUUCCUGUAAGAGGUGCGACUGCAAUGGUAACACUGACCCCAACCUGAUUUUCAACGAGUGUCACAAUGUGACGGGCCACUGCCAGCACUGCUGGGGAAACACUGCCGGUGCCAACUGUGAGAGGUGCACCCCAGGGUUCUAUGGCGAUGCCAUCAGUGCCAAGGACUGCAGAGAGUGCGAGUGUGACAAAUGUGGCACCUCUUCAUGCGAUGACAGGACAGGAGUGUGUCACUGCAAGCCGGGAGUCACUGGACGGCUGUGCGACCAGUGUGAGGAAGGCUACUCGGGUUUCUCCAGCUGUCAGGGCUGCCGGAGGUGCGACUGUGGGCCAGCUUCCCUCCGGUCCAUCUGCCAUCCUCUCACCCACAGCUGUCCAUGUCGCCCGGGGGCUGGAGGUCGUUACUGCGAGCGCUGUCUCCCAGGAUACUGGAAUUAUAGCCCCUCUGGCUGCCAGAAGUGUGACUGUGAGAGUGGCUUCUGUGAUAUGCAUACAGGAGGAUGCCUGGCAGAGUCUUCAACGGUCAACCUGUGCAACAUCACUUGUGAUCAGUGUAUCUGGCAUCUGAUUAAAGACAUGGAGCACUCCAAUAAGACACUGGACCAGCUAAAAGUUGGAGUGUUGAACAUUACCACAGGUGCUGCUGCUAACGAUAGAGUGAAAUACUACAACUAUACUGCUCAUCAACUGCAGAGUGGGUAUCGAGUUUGGAGAAACAAGUCGUCUGUAAUGCAGGCCCAGACUGAGGAGCUGAAAGAGGCCACAGAUGUUCUGGUACUGGACAUCAGAGAGCUAGGGAAAUCGGAAAGUGUGGUGAACAUUCUGUGGAACAUGUUGGAUAAUGACACACUGGAGACCUUCACACUUGCUGAACAGCUCAGCAUAAAUCUGACUGAUCUAAACAUACGCAUUGAAGAGAUGAUCCACGAUUGGGAGGUGUACAGUAUCCAGCAGGAAGUGGAUCCUGAGGUGGUGAGAAAGAGCUCAGCGGACGCUGAGGGAAUAGUGGCUUUGAUGAGGAAAAUAGACCUUUCUCCAGGAGAACCAAUCGCCACUGGCGAGUCCACAGAGGCCCAUGACUUGCUGGGCCGCAUUCGGCAGUUGGAAAAGAAGCUGAUGAUCACAAACAGCCGCCUCCCGUCUGUCCGAGAGGUCUUGUCCCGCUUUUCCGGCAGACUGUCAGAAGCUCAAGGCUUUCUUGCAAAAGCAGACAGCAAUGUGCACGAGGCGGAGAAUAAGAACCGAGCUAGUGUCCUCAAAUUCCAGAGGCAUGAGGAAGAAACCUCCAGCAGGCUCAGGGAAAGCCAGCCAUCUGCCCUGAGAGACAGAACACCACAACGUCUGGAGUUUACCUCAGAAGUGGCUUCAGAGACUCUGAAUCGCUCAGUGGAAGUUCUUCAAUCUAUCACCCCCAUUAGCAGCAAAGUAGAGGAGUGGAACAACAACAUGAAAAAUAACGAAUACUCCACAGCUGCCUAUGAACAGGCUGUUGCCUCUGCAGGGGCAGCAGUGGAGAACCUGAAUUUGCUUGUUCCUACCCUGCUGGACAAGCUGAAGGUUGUUGAGGAUAAGAAGCCUGUCAACAAUGUGACCACCAACAUCAUGAGGAUCAGAGAGCUCAUAGCCCAGGCCCGGAGUGUGGCCAAGAAAGUCCAGGUCUCCAUGAAAUUUAACGGACAGUCCUCAGUGGAGGUUCAUCCUCACAGCAAUUUGGAAGAACUGAAGACAAUGACAUCCAUCAGUUUAUUCAUGAGGGUGGACCCUGACAAGGAUCCCAUAGAGGACCGAAUCAUCCUAUACUUGGGAGACAGAAAUGGUGUAAAAGACUACAUGGGCUUGGCCACCAAGAAUGACAUCCUGGUGUUUGUCUAUAAACUUGGAGGUGAAGACAUUGAGAUCCCAUUGAGUUCAAAGCCUGUCAGCCAAUGGCCGGCAGUCUUCAACUACGUCAAAAUAGAGAGACUGGGCAGGCAUGGAAAAGUCUUCCUAACAGUCCCAAGUCAGAGCUCCACUGAUGAACAGAAGUUUAUCCAGAAAGGUGAAGCUCCAGGCACUGAAUCCCUGUUUGACAUUGACCCCCAAGAUCUAGUGUUUUUUGUUGGGGGUGUCCCUCCAGAUGUCAAGCUUCCACCUCCUUUGAUCCUUGCACCUUUCGUGGGAUGUAUUGAAUUGUCAUCGAUGAACAACGAUGUCAUCAGUCUUUACAAUUUCAAACAGACUCACAAAAUAAAUGUAACCACAUCUCCACCGUGUCCCAGGUACAAGUUGGCAUUUUCACAGAGUCGCAUUGCAAGCUACCUAUUUGAUGGAAAAGGCUACGCACUCAUCAGUAAUAUUGAGAGGAGGGGGACGUUUAAUGCUGUCACAAGAUUUGAUAUUUCAGUACGAACUAUCGCAAGUGAUGGUGUACUUUUCGUCAUGGUCAAUGAGGAUAAAUUCUUUCUUUUGGAAUUAAAGAAUGGCAUCCUGCGUCUAAUGUAUGACUUUGGCUUCAGCAAUGGGCCAAAGCUUUUAGAGAACAACUUAGCAAAGCUGCAAAUAAAUGAUGCAAAAUACCACGAGGUGUCAGUGAUCUACCAUCAGUCAAAAAAGGUUAUACUGUUGGUGGAUAAGAGUCAUGUUAAGUCCAUGGAGAACCCAAAAACCACCCUGCCCUUCGCAGAUAUUUACAUAGGUGGAGCUCCCUCCAGCAUCCUGAAAUCCAGGCCAGAGCUGUCCUCUGUGGUUGGCCUGAAGGGCUGUGUGAAAGGAUUCCAGUUCCAGAGAAAAGACUUCAACCUGCUGGAAGAACCUGGCACCAUUGGUAUUAGCAGCGGCUGCCCAGAGGAGUCCUUUAUGUCGCGCAAAGCUUAUUUCUCUGGAAAGAGUUACCUCGGUUCCACAGCAAAGAUUUCACCGUUUGACAACUUUGAGGGUGGACUCAACUUCAGAACACUGCAGCCCAGCGGACUCUUGUUCUACCACAAUGAAGGGUCUGACGAGUUCAGUAUCUCCCUGGAGAAUGGCGCAGUGGUCCUAAACAACAGAGGCGUAAAGGUCAAAUCACACAAGAAACAAUACAAUGAUGGAAGGUCGCACUUCUUACUGGCUUCAGUGAACAAUCAGAAGUACUCAUUGCUGGUGGAUGACGAAGACAAGCAGUUCAAGAAGCGGCCGACAUCAGCCGCGGGAUCGUCAUACGAUUCUGAGGAGAAGACUUUCUACUAUGGAGGAUCUCCAAGCAGCACUUCCAAGAAUUUCACGGGCUGCAUCAGCUAUGCCUACAUCAACAGACUAGACCGGGACAUUGAGCCUGAAGACUUUAAGAAAUACCCAGAGAAGGUCCAGAUUUCCCUGGAGGACUGUCCUGUACAGCGACCCCCGGCUGCACUGCUGUUAAGGCACAGGGCUAACACUUCUGGAACCAAACAGUCACAAAAGGUCACCAGAGAUAAAUCUAGCCUCCCCCCAGUGCUGACUGAGCUAGGAAGUGAUGACCAGGAAUCAGCAGAGCCAAACAUCAAGUCCUGCUUUCUUUCCUCAAGUCCCAAAUCGAUUCACCACGCCUUCCGGUUCAGCAGCAUUGCCAACAGCAGGCAGCACUACACAGACUUCCCAGACUCCCUUUCUCAGAGGUCCCACUUCUCCUUGUCAAUGAAGACCCACUCAUCUUUUGGCCUCAUCUUUUAUGUAUCUGAUGCCCAAGAGGACAAUUUCAUGGCACUCUUUCUGGCCCAUGGGAAACUUGUGUACACUUUUAGUGUAGGAGACCAAAAAGUUAAAAUCAAAAGUGAAGACAAAUACAAUGAUGGUGCCUGGCACAGUGUUAUUUUUAUCCGUGAUGGGAAUGUGGGGCGGUUAAUAGUUGAUGGGCUCACAAUGCUGGAAGACAGCGUUCAGGGAAACAACGUCUCCUGGCACAUCAGCAGCCCCCUCUAUGUCGGAGGAGUUCCUGCAGGGAGAGCCCAGAAGAAUAUUCAGAGAAACUCUGCAUACAGCUUUACUGGCUGUAUAAAGAACCUUCAGCUUGAUAGAAAGCAGCUCUCCUCUGUGGCAGACACAUUUGGGGUCACUCCAUGCUUUGAUGGAGUCUCUGAGGGAGGAACAUACUUCUCAGAAGAAGGAGGAUACAUUGUCCUGGACGAUUCUUUCAACCUGGGACCGAGGUUUGAGCUGGUGAUGGAGGUGCGCCCUCGUGUGGCAUCAGGGGUGCUACUACAUGUGCACUCAGCAGAUGACUAUUUCACUGUGUACAUUCAUCAAGGAGCGGUGGUGGUUCUUGUAAAUGAUGGGACUCGUGAGUUCUUCACAAAGGUGUCACCAAAACAGGGAGUGUGUUCGGGGAGUUGGCACAAAAUUACCGUGAUACGGGAUGCCAACGUUGUCCAGCUGGAUGUGGAUUCUGAGAUCAACCAUGUGGUGGGACCUCUGAGCCCCAGCUCCACAGAUAGCAGAAAGCCUGUAUUUAUUGGUGGCACUCCAGAUGGUUUCCUUCCAGAAAGUGCUGCUACCAGGAAGGCCUUUGUGGGCUGCAUGAGAAACCUGACAAUCAACAACAGCCAAGUAAACUUCAGCAAAGCGGUCCUGGUCAGUGGAGCUGUCAGUGUUGGAACCUGUCCAGCAACAUAAGAUUUCUAUGAUCUCUAGCUCAGCAAAGCAAUGACCAAAUGCAUGGUAGAAACCCCAUAUCAUCAGUCUUUUUCCUUUCUGACACGUUUGUGUGCUUUUUGUGUAGAAGUUGUCGGUUUUUGUUUUUCACUCCCACCAAGAGUAUGACCAAAACGUCCAUUCAAUCAAAGCAAACACCCGUUAUAAAUAAACAAAUCAGAUUGAUUCCUCCAGUCCACAGUGUGAAGCACACAGGCACACUAACAUUACUGUGUUACUGUAUGUUCCUUUACUCCACUUCAUAAUCUUGAUGGCACAUGUUUUUUGUAUAAGUUCAUUUUCAAAGCUUUCCUUUUGUACUGUUUUAUUUCUGAUAAUAAAUAACAUUUUACCUCCACUGAAACUUUUUUACAUGUGUGUUCUCCUAUAGUGCACUUGUUCAUUUCACCAAAAUCAGCUGAGACUGACUUAACAACCUGGUAUAUGCAUGCAAUAUUGCACAGAUAUACUCAGUAAAUUAAAAAUGGUCAGAACACAGGAGUGUUUUCUUUUGGUUUUUCCCACAAUCCAGUGACAUGUACAUCCAAAGUGUCCACCCAAUGACUCAGAUGAAAAUUAAACAACUGUCACAAUCUUGUUAAA